AUGCAAUCGUCGGAACAUGAGGAAGUAGAUCCCAUACACGACGAGGAACUUGUUACUUCUCUAGUACCACUUCCUUACUGGCUAGGUUCAGGAAUCAAACACAUUCGAAAGCCAUCCCUGAAGUAUAACCUAAUAUGCAGAUGGAUCGAGAAGAAGUCAUUGCAUUGGCUUCCCGGUAUACAAAUUAUAGUAGCUAACCCCAACCAGUAUUAUCCAUUUCACGACGGAUGGGAACAGAACCACCCACAAGAUUUCAAGAGGAUGGAAGCCCAAAGAACUCAAGACAAGGAGGCAUCAAGGAGUGAUCACCAUAAGAUUCAAUAUGCUUAUGACUUCAUGAUCACUCAUGAUAUCCAACGACUAGAGACAGAGGGACAUAUUAGGGCGGCACUGGCCAGGGUGAUAUCUAUAAACGAGAGAAGUGGGGGACUGGAAUGGAGAGUCAUGGUGGUAGUGGAGUUGAUCCAGGAAAUAUUGGAUGUAUUGUCCCAUAAUUCAGCAUAG